AUGGUCAGUCCCUUGAUUAAAAACAUCGGUGGGAGACCCAGUAGUUCUAGUUGGGGAGGGCACGUGUGUCUUAGCUUUAGAGCAACUUUAGGCCGUUUUUUGAGGAAACUAAAUACUACAAGAAUGCACAGACGAUCGCCUACCAUUCUUUCUACUCCGUUUACGUUGGUAAGAAGCUAUAACUCGUGGCACGGCAGCGGUGCAGCGCGCAGGUUUGUGGGAGGGCUGGCCGGUUUGAUCGGUGUUGGACUCGGGACGUCUGCAGUUCUAUGGUCCACGGCGAGUCAUUUUCUCAGUGACUGUGAGGAGCCCACGGGACAACAGCUGUUAGAAGAAGAUGUGUUAGCUCCUCCCAAGGACCAGACAACCCGGCUACAGACUGUCAUAACAGAGGCGAGAGACCUCGUACAGCGAGUCAAGGAUGAGGUUGGAGCCCCCGGGAUGGUGGUCGGUGUGAGUGUGGACGGGAAGGAAGUAUGGACAGAAGGCUUUGGAUAUUCAGAUGUGGAAAACCGUGUGAAGUGCCACCCUGCAACAAUUAUGAGAAUUGCAAGUAUCAGCAAACCCCUGACCAUGGCAGCCCUGGCUACACUGUGGCAGGAGGGGAAGGUAGACUUGGACAAGCCUGUACAGGAGUACGUCCCCUCAUGGCCUGUCAAAACAUUCCAGGGAGAAACUGUUACCAUCACCACUAGGCAUCUGGUCUCCAAUCUGGCUGGUAUCAGACACUAUGAGAAGAAGAAGGGAAAAGACAAAGUUGACAAGGAACAACAGAACAAAAUCACAAAAGAAGAGAACAAAGAUGAUCGAGAGAAAAAACAGUCCGGUACAGAGGUGGAAAAGUCUGAUACCUGGCAGGCUGGGAAGAAGAGCACUCGAGGGAAGGGAGACUCUGCCUGCAAGGAAUUCUACAUCAAGAAGCACUUCAAAAAUGUCACAGAUUCCCUGAGUCUCUUCAAGGAUGAUCCCUUAAUGUCCAGACCAGGUACAGAGUUCCUGUACACCACCCAUGGAUGGACCCUUGUGAGUGCAGUGGUUGAAAGUGCAGCCAAGACCGACUUCCUUAAAGUCAUGAACAAGAUGUUUCGAGACCUGGGGAUGUUCCACACUUCAGCUGAUCUCAACGAGCCUAUCAUUUACCACAGGUCCAGGUACUACACACACAAUGACAAGGGUCGUCUGAUCAACUGUCCAUACGUGGAUACAUCGUACAAGUGGGCCGGAGGUGGUUUCAUCUCCAACAUACCCGACCUGCUACAGUUUGCCAACGCCAUGUUGUACAGCUUUCAAUCCUGUAGCAGUAACUCUGAGAACAAGUUAGCUCCGGGCUACCUGAAGUGUGACACUAUGGCAAAAGUGUGGGGUCCUGCAGCCAACACUAAGUGUUCAUGGGACAAGAAUGCAGACGGCUACUAUGGAAUGGGGUGGGGGGUCAUCCCGAAUAAGGUAGAAUAUGGCCAUGGCCGGGAGCAGCGCUUCUACGUGAGUCACACAGGGGGCGCUGUUGGAGCAAGCAGUGUGCUUCUCGUCCUGCCACCUAAACACAGUACAGAGACACCGAUGGAUACUUUGCCACCUAAAGGGGUUGUUGUUGCCAUACUCUGUAAUCUACAAGGUGUUAACUUAAAUCCACUUGCUCUGGAAAUGGCCAAAAACUUUGAGGAAUUAACAACUGAGUGAUGCUGCUAUCUAAUGUUUCAAUACCUACAUACUAGUACACUCAGAACAGUGAUGUCACAACAGGUAACCUUAUAUGUCAGUGCAAUUAAACAAUGUAGUAUGUAGCACAGGGGAGCUGAGGUGUUUAAAAUUUUUUUUAAAUAUUGUAUUGUUAGGAGACAUUUUUGAAUGGAAGACUUUAACAGAGAGGGGAGGCAUCGUGUAUAUUAAUAUCCUGUGUGGAUAUGAAUGGUAAUAAAGAAGUUCUAGGGUACAAGCAAUUUUAUUGUAACGUAUUUAAUGUGCUAGUUUAUAUAUUCUGACUUGAAUGUAUAUACUAGCUGUCUAGUGAUGUUUGAGUGAAAAAAGUCAUCUUCUCUUGUGUGUGACAGUGUGGCCAAAAAUAAACACACAUGUCAAAGUUAAUUUCCGUUUAUUAUUCUGCACAUGAAAUAUAUAGGGAUAUGUAGAUACAUUGUACAUGUAUUUGACUUCUCAUCUAUCUUGAAGUUUAUGAUGCAAUUAUACAAUUAUGUCUGAUAACGAACUUAUCUUGGUAAAGUCCUUCGGGGUCGAAUAAGACAGUGAGUGUCCUCAUACAGGGGGAGGGGGGGGGUGACCUGUGUCUUCAUGAACCACAACUUUUGUAUACAUGUACUACAUCUUGGUUUUUAGGGACAUAUCAUUAUACAUUUGGCACAGUAGAAACACAGCAAAAUAGUUAUAGAAGCCAGUUCACAGUUGAACUGUACAUGUACAUGGUCACAGAUAAAGGUCACUGACUUGUUAACUGUUCUUGUCUAUAUCAUGCUUGUCAUCAUGUCCUAACGCUUUUUGUUUUUUUGUCUAAGUGGUCAGUGCCAUCAAUUUUGAUAUAUUACCCACAAUGCAUUGGAAUAUGCAUGCACAGUCUAAACUGUGAACCAGCUUAACUUUUGCACCUUUCACAGGACUUGGUACGUUAGGUUGUUCAGUAUCCGAUAUGUAUUUCCUAUAACCUCUUCACCUUAUAAGUUUACAUUUUUGCCAAUAAUAAGUAUACAUCUUUGCCAAUAUAAACAUUACAAUCAACUUUGGUCACGCUUCAGGAAGUUACGACUACAAAGAAUCACACACAAUACUAGUCAAUAACAAGUCCGAGUAGUUCUUAGCGUUUGAGAUGUACAGCGUAGCAGCUUACUGUCAACACUUGGUGAAACUGUGCUCACUAAUAUUACAUU